AUGGAAUGGGUUUUCUUUUUCGUGUACUUUGCCGAAUUGUGUCUGCGGAUUUUUGUUCUGCGGUUUGCCUGGGUCUACCAAGCUACAAGCGGGAUCAUGUACAUGAACCUCUUCGAUGCUGUCUUGGUGAUCAUCCAUGGCGCUGACAUUCUGCUUCUCGCCGGAGCAUCGGGGGAGCAGGCCUCCAGCGUCCGAACCUUCAAACUGCUUCGCCUUGUGCGGACGGCUCGUAUCAUCAAGACAGUCGCCGUCUUUCGAGAGCUGCGCCUCCUCGUUUCCAGCAUGCUCGCGAGCCUUGGCACCCUGUUCUGGUCCAUCGUGCUCCUGCUUGUGGUGAAGGUGGGCUUUGCCUUGAUGAUCUCCCAGGCUCUCCAGGAUUUCGUCCUGGACGAGGGGCAAGAUCUGGAUACCCGGAAGCUGAUCAACAGUUUCUAUGGAAGCUUCCUGAAGGCACUGUUUACCAUGUUCGAGGUCACGUAUAGUGGAGGAUGGCCGUCGCGCUUUCGUCCUUUGGUAGACUUCGUGAACCCAUGGUAUUCGCUUCUCCUCUUGAGCUACGUUACGCUUGUCGUCUUCGCACUGCUCCGGAUUGUAACAGCCAUAUUUUUGAAGGAGACACUUGCCAACGCAGCCAAUGAUGCAGAAUUGCAGAUUGACGAAAGCAAGAGGACGUCGCAAAUGUAUCAGAGCAAGCUGAAAGACGUCUUCCACACCAUGGACGGAGAUGAUAGUGGUUCCGUUUCUUACCAAGAGUUCAUCGAGCAUCUGGAUCACCCGAUUAUAAAGCGGUACAUGGCCCUCUUGGAUAUACAUGUACACGAUGUGCGGAAUCUGUUUGACAUUUUGGAUGAUGGCGACGGCAAAAUUACGGUGGAG